CUCAACUACAAAAUUCGCAAACAUGAAAUUCGUAAUUGUUUUCGCUGCAGUCCUCGCCGCCUCUUUGGCCGCACCGCAGGGAGCCGACAAGGAUGCCGUGAUCAACAAAUACGACUCUGAGAACAUCGGCGUAGAUGGCUUCAACUAUGCCUACGAGACCAGCAACGGUAUUGCUGCCAACGAACAGGGCCAAAUUACCAAUGCAGGAAGCGAAAACGAAGCCAUCGCAGUCAGGGGUGAAUUCAAGUACGUAGGACCGGAUGGUGUCACUUACAUCGUCACCUACAUCGCCGACGAGAACGGUUUCCAACCACAGGGAGCCCAUAUUCCGCAAGCUUAAUUUCCUCUAAUGACUGAAAUUCAAAAAAAAUAUACACACUGUACAUAAUUG